AUGGCUUCAUCCAAACCAGUCUUCUUUCUCAUUCAAGGCGCAUGGAUCGGUAGCGAAGUCUUCUCGCCUGUCAUCCAUCUGCUAUGGUCGAAAGGCUAUGCCACCUGGUGCCAGGAGCUGCCCCAUCACAAUCGUGACCCAGCUGUCACGGCCAGCACUACCGCCGAAUUCAUUCGAGCCGAGCUGCUCAAACUCAUCGAUAACGGCCAUGAUGUGAUCCCGGUGUGCUGGAGUCUUGGCGGUAAGCUCGCUCCUCCGGCCUUUGAAGGACUGUGGAAGAAGGAGCGGGAGUCGUUUGGCAAGUCGAAUGGGAUUGUUGGCAUGGUGUUCGCCUCCUGUCCGUUGAUGGAGAAGGUCGGAAUGACAAGUCGAGACAGUCAGAUGGUCAACGACCCGAAGAUGAUGUUCGAUGGUGCAGAUCCCCAUGAGACCUUUGAGUAUCAAGACGGUCUCAUGACGCCGAAAUUGGGCCCCGACACUCCAUUCGCAAAGAGCAUGUACGCUUCCCUCGAAGGUAUCUACCCCAAGGCACACGAACUCUUCGAUCCUACCAUCCGACCUCUGUCCCUGGCUACUCAGAAUGAACCUCUCAACUAUGUACCUGUGGUCAAGAAGGAUCCCGAAUCGAUGGAGGAACCAGGUACAUUUCAUGUGCCCGUCGCCUACUUCGUCACUGAGCAAGAUCGUGUCGUCUCGAAAGUCAUACAGGAGAAAUACGUCAACAGAUGGAAGGAUCAAUGGACUCAAGUCUACAGAUUCGACACAGGCCACAUGCUCUGGGUUGCCGCGCCUGAGCAAGUGGUGGACAGUCUCGUGGAUUUCGCCUCCCGCGUAUAG